UGUACUCUGGAGUAUAUAUGUUAUCACAAGAACUUCACCAAGCUAAAAAAAAAUAAAGAAAGAAAUAAAAAAAAACUCCAAAAUUAUUCCAAUCUUCCCAAUCCCGAUGUCCUACCUAACCGAAAUGACAAACUUACCCCCUCUUCUCUCCCCCCUCCAAAUGUAGUCGCAUCUUCAAAAACCAUUCCCCACUCCAGAGACUGAAAAACCGCCUCACUUCCCAUACAGUCUACUCCUCUUCUUCCAUCACUUUUCUCUUUUUCUCUUCCCGAGAGAGAGAGAGUUAUUUGUACAUAUUUUUAACUCCGGGAGAGAGAGAGACUACGCCCAUUUGAUGCUCAAUUCUCAUCAUUAUCCUUAUCAUGUCCAAAUCAUCAUCCUCCACCAGCGCCGGCGGCGGCAACCCUGCGGUGGCGUCCCCCAAUACGACGUCGUUGAAGCCCGAUGAUUACUCCCACAGCCCUGUCCACUACGCCGUCGCCACCGGCGAUCAUCCUUCCCUCUCCAAAAUCCUCUCUUCCUUACCCCGACUCCUCGAUCCCUCCCGUGUCCUCUCUGAAUCCGAUUCCCUCUCCCAAGAGUCACUCGCCGAGAAAAUAUCCGCCGUCAUUGACCGCCGGGACAAUCGCUUCCGGGAGACUCCGUUACACCUUGCUGUCCGCCUCAACGAUGCCUACGCCGCCCGCGCUCUGGCAAUCGCCGGUGCUGAUAUCUCUCUCCAGAAUGCCGCCGGGUGGAAUCCGCUGCACGAGGCGCUACUCCGUCGGUGCUCGGAGGUGGUGAUGACUCUUGUUCAGUACCACCACCUCUCUUCCUGGGCCAAGUGGCGGAGAAGACUUCCCCGCCUUGUUGCCGCUCUCCGCCGUAUGCGAGAUUUUUACAUGGAAAUAUCUUUCCAUUUUGAGAGCUCUAUUGUGCCCUUCAUCGGGAAAGUAGCUCCCUCGGACACCUAUAAGAUCUGGAAGCGCGACGGUAAUCUCCGCGCGGAUACUUCUCUCGCUGGCUAUGACGGCCUGAAAAUUCAGCGCGCUAAUCAGAGUUUCCUAUUCCUAGGCGACGGCGAUCAGACCCAUGACGUUCCAGCUGGUUCGCUCCUUGUCUUAAACCAUGACGAGAAGAAAAUCUUUGACGCGUUCGAGAGUGCCGGAGCUCCGAUGAGCGACGCCGACAUUGCUAGCUUUUGCAAUCAGACUUGCGUGUAUAGGCCUGGGAUGGACGUGACCAGAGCGGAAUUAGUUGGACGCACAAAUUGGAGAAGGCAAGAGAAGACCGAGACUGUCGGAGAAUGGAAAGCUCGGGUUUACGAAGUCCAUAACGUGAUUUUCAGUUUCCGGUCCCGAAAAAUCACCGCCGUUGACGGAAGCGAGCAAAUUUUGCCGCUGGACUUGGAGCUUGACGAAGACACGGAAGAGGGAUUCUUAGUAGCGGAGAAUCCGCGGUUUAGCGUCUCCGCUCCGGACAAUUCGUACGGGAGACGGCACAGCAGCUUUGUCAGGGAGGAGCGGGAGACAGUGACGGUGUCGCGAAAGAGCGUGGACAUAAUUCCGGAGAUGAUGACGUCGACAAGGAGGAGAGCGCCGCCUAUAUCCGUGGCGCCGCCGCCGCAGACGAAGGAGAAGGAAUAUGUUAAGAACUUGCGCCCGUCAAUUUGGCUAACGGAACAAUUCCCGUUAAAGACGGAAGAGCUACUGCCGUUACUCGACAUACUAGCUAACAAAGUGAAAGCCGUUAGACGGAUGAGGGAGCUCCUUACGACGACGUUCCCACCGGGCACGUUUCCCGUGAAGGUUGCAAUUCCAGUGGUUCCAACAGUGAGGGUGGUGAUAACAUUCACAAAAUUUGUUGAGCUACCACCCAUUGAAGAGUUUUACACCCCUGCCUCCAGUCCUGGGAACUUUGUAAAUGGUACUACAUCAAGAAGUUUAUAUGAAGAUGGCCAUCAAUCAGAGAGUAGUAGCAGUAGUAGUACUACUUCCCAAUCAUUUUUUGCAGCAUCAUCUUCAUCAUUUCCGUGGCUGUCGAGUAGUGGAAACAGCAGUGGUGGUAGUCGGUCGUGUUCUGCAGCAGCCAAGAAGCAGCACCAGCAGCAGAGUGUAUGUAAUGGUGGGUCGCAGACGGAUCCGUUUGCAAUUCCAGGUGGAUAUACUUGGAGUAGGGCUGAUGAAAAGUCUAGGAAGGUGAAAAAAUCCAAGUCUACCAGAAAGGUUAAGUAGGAAGCAAGAGAUGAUACAAAGGGUUUCCAGAAGUGAAAUGAAAUCUACUCAAUUGAUUGGAUGGGAAUGGACACCAUCACACUCACCAAUUUGGUUGAUUGGAUCAUGCAUGAUCGUUUUGCACUUUUUGAAGGAAGGAAGUAUACAUAUUGUAUUGUAAGAUUUGGCAAAAUUCAGAUGAUGAAAGAAAUCUAGAUGACAAUUGCUUAGGGAAAUCUCCUCAAAGUCAGAGCCAAUACGGUUUGAUUGGGAAAUGAGAAAAAAUGUGGGAUCUAGUACUCUUUUCUUUUCCGAAAGUAUGACUGCUUGCCUUCCUUGGAGGAAGCAGUAAAGCGUGACUGCGUGAGCAAGGAUCUAAAAUAUGGCCAACCUUAAAUACGCUUGUUACUACUACUUAAAGCAAAAUCUUAAGAGUUGAAACUUUGAAGUGGCAUUCGUUCUUUAUUUGCCCAACAAUGUGUAAUGUCAUACCUUUUUCAAUUUUCCCUAUCAACUCUUAGUUGUACGUUAACUUAGGUACUUCAAACCAAAGAAAGAAAGAAAGAAAAGAAACUAAGAUCUGGGAUUUGGAGGUUUUAUAUAUUGUUUUGGAAGAAGG